UUAAAGAAAACUUGGUACGAUUUACAAGAUGGAUGCAAAGUGAAACUAGACCAGAGAUUAUCCUAUCACAAUUUAAAAGAAAUGUCAGGCGGUGAAUAUGGUCCAGCUUUACCACCAGGAUUACAAAAGACUGAAGACAGUGAGAGAGUAGCUGGACCUGAGCUGCCACCACAUCUGAGAAGAACUUCCAAAAAUGAAAUUGAACCUAGCUUACCACCAACAGUGGCAGGUCCUAUUGGACCUUCUUUACCGCCUCAUUUGAUGAAAGACCUUCAUAAUGUGGAUGAUAUAAUUGGACCAGCAAUGCCCCCACAGAUUGAUAAUCCUGAAAGUGACUCUUCGGAUGAAGAAUCAAUAGGUCCAAAACUGCCUUUUCAACUAAAAAAUAAAGGAAAUACUUCAAAUAAAUCAUCAGUAAUUGGGCCUUGCUUGCCACCUCAUUUAACAGCUAAUAAAUUACAAAGUACUGGUCCUCAACUCAUUUUAAAGGGAAAUAACUCUGAUAAUGAAGAUGAUACUGAUGUGAUAGGACCAAUGCCAUCUGAAAUGUUAAGAGGAGAUGCCAGUAGAAGUACAGCAGCAGAAAUAGAAUCAAGAGCAAGACAAAUGAGGGACAGACUGGAAGGAAAGAAUAAUAAAGAAGAAAAAAUAACUCGAGAAUCCUGGAUGAUGGAGCUACCUUCUGCUGAGCUAAAUCAGAGUUUAGGUUUACAGGCUCGCACCUUCCGAGCAAAAGCUGGCCCAGAUAUGUCAGAUAGAUCAGGAUGGACUGAUACUCCAGCAGACAGGGAAAAGAAAGCAAAAGAAGAAGCAAGCAGAAAACGUCCACAUGAUGAUGUUAGACAGUCAGAAAGUGAUAAACAGAGGUCUAAAGAAAUAAAAAAAUAUAAUAAGUCAAAUAGGCCAGAGUCAUUGUUAGAAAUGCAUCAAAAAGAACUAAAGAAGAACAAGAAAAAGACUGAGGACAAACCAGCAGAAAGAAGACCAUUUGACAGGGAAUUGGAUCUACAAGUGAAUAAAUUUGAUGAUGCACAGAGAAAAGCUAUAAUUAAAAAAUCACAGAAAUUAGACAGUAGAUUUUCUCAAGGUGGCUCACAAUUUUUAUAAAAACUUUCACAGAAAAAAACUUUCAUUGUAUAAGGACAUUGAAUACAUAUUAAAUUAUUUAUAAAUAUGAUUGAUAUAUUUAUAGCUUUUUUGUACAGUGCAUAUCCCCAUGUAAUACCUUGUGUGAUAGUUCAUCCUCUAAUGUUAAGUUUGGGACAUUGGUUGAUUUUGUUCAUAAUAGGCAUGUCUUUAUAUUCAAAUGAUCAAACCAAGGCAGAAAUAUUUUGAAAAGCCCUCUCCCCACACAUUAGUGGGUUUGUUUGAACUAAUCUUGAAAUUGAGCCUUAUGAUGUUUCUAUUCAGAAUUGCAUCUUUUUAUGGGAUGUAAUAAUUUUAUAUGGAAAAAGUAAAUGAUGGUACCAGUUGAAUUAUAGACACUUGUAAAAAAAUUCAAUAAAUAUUUGAGAAAUUAUGUUAUCCUUGGCAUUUGGACUUUCAUUGGAACAUAUUUUGUAGUUUUGAUCAUGUCGUCAUAAUUAUGUAGUAUAAAAUAAAAUAAUUCAACAUUAA